AUGAUCCUCUUUGCCAAGGGCUUUUUUGCCCCUCGCCUCCUGCCACUGGCAGAUGGGCGCAUGUCACUCUUCCAUCCCGGCCGAUCCUACCUAAUCAAAGACAUAUUCCCGAUAAAUAUGUUCUAUGAGCUUGACUGGCAGCUGAUUUUCUCCGCAUUUGUGGACCCUGACAUCGAAACGCCACUCGACCAGUCCCUCGGCGUUCUCGAAAAGCGAAAGCUCCGGUCAGAAGUCAUCAAACGAGUAAUUGGUGCCCAACAUAUGUACAAACUCAAUGUUCUAUGGCUAUUCUUGAAUUUCCGAGAGGGAAGGAAGCCAACAGACUUUUGCUGGUAA